UCCUAGCCGUUGUAGACGCCGCGAGCGAGAGCAGUGAGAUCAGUGAAAAUAAAUUUGAAAAACAAAUAUAAGAGAGUUUUCAUUUUGGAACUGCAGCUAAUUUAUUUACUUAGUAACUGACAAUUUUGAAGAGAAUUUACGAUAGCGAUCGCAAAAUAUUUAAUUGCAAAUUCUUUGCUAGAAAAGCGAAUUCAUUUUGAAUUUAGUGACUUGACACAGUUUCGUGGAAGUGAAACGGACAUUCAAAUAACGGGCAGUGUGUCAGUGUACAGUGAUUUUGAAAUCAUUCAAAGCUUGGAAACCAAAUACAACAAUAACAACAGCAGGGACAAAGAAAAUUCCGUCAGCUAAAUAUAGCAAAAGAGAGGAAAACAGCAACACAGAAGCCACAAAAAUUGGCAAUUGACUGUAGUAAAAAUUCGGCGCCAUUUGGGGAAGUCAACGACGACAUUCCACCAAAACAGUAGCAGCAACAACAAACAAAGAAUACAAAAAAAAGUAGCCGAUACGCACCAGCACCAGCAACAACACUAACACGCACACCAACAGAUACCCUAAAUAAAAGUGAAAUUUUUGCCACACACCGCCCAGUAAAACAACCGGAAACACAAUGGUAACAGCACAACUGGCAGUUCGUCGUAGCAACAACAACAACAUUACCAACAAUAAUAACAGACACAAAAUCAACAACAAGAAACAGAGUGGAACUAUGCGCAGCAGCAGCAGCAGCACCAGCGCCCAAGUGAAAUGUCGCCGCAGUGGCGUUGGCGUCGCCUCAGCGUCCUCUCUCAGUCUGGGUCUUUGGCUAUUGCCAGUGCUGUUGGUUUUGUUGGCGUGGCAGCAGCAGCCUUGCGAGGGACGUUAUCUGCCGACAAGGUCACAUGGCGACGAAUUGGAUAAAUUGCGUGAGCUGAUGUUGCAGAUCUUGGAGUCCAGCAAUGAGGAGCAACGUCCACCAAACGAGGCCAAUGGCAACACACUGGCACAACGCGCUUCCUGGUUGAAUAAAUUGAAUGGCAUGGACGGACUGGAGACGUCACGAAAAUAUGGCUCACGUGGCACCUAUGAUAAUGGGCGAUAUUAUUAGAUUAAAAAAUAAACUAUAAAGACCAUAAAAAGUCGAGUGAAGAGAAGCCGUUGAGGGUAAAGAAAUAAAAAAAGUGGAUUUGAUAAAUACAGAAGGUCCCAGGUAGGAGUGGAGAGGAAGUGGCAAGAAAAACUAAACACAAUUUAAAGUAAAUGAAGCGUUGCUAAAAUGCAACAAAAAUAUAAAGUAAACUGAAGUUAGUAGAGGAGUUUGAAUAAAUGAAUAAAAUUUAAUGAGGACACUUGAACAAAAUUUUUAUGCAGAGAGUGAGAGAGCGAAAACAUAUGAAUUGGGAUUUCCAUUGGGUGUUAAAAAAGUAUGAAAAAAUGUUUAUCAGAAGAACUCAUUAGUAGUUGUUCACUUUAAAAUUAUCCAUAUUCAGAUUAUAGUUUAAUAAAGAAAAGCUUUAAUUUUUUUUAAAUUAUAUUUUUGCAAUGAAAAUAGAAAAUGUAUAUUAGUAAAUUUAUAUACCUAAUAAGUUUAAGAAUUACUUCCUAGGCAAACAUUUCACAUUUCGAAUGCUUUGCGUGGAGCCCACAAGCUUUAUUCUUACUUUUAAAAGUUGUGUGCUACAAAGCAUGUAAGUUGAGUGAAAGUCUCGGUAAGCAUUCAUAGUCUGAAAGUGCGCCAAUGAGCGCCUAAUUGGAAUAGAGUAGUUUAGUACUACAAAUACAGCGACAUAGUGAAAGUUUUAUUAUAACAAACAUAGUUUUAAUGAAAGUUGCGCUAGAGGCUCACAAAUAUUCGCAGAAACUUGGCGUAUAUUCGCGCAUUCCUAAAUAAAAUUCUUAAAAUAAAAUAAAGAAGAGCUUUCGAAUUUAUAUUUAUUCUAAAAAGUGGGAGAUUGCAGGAAGAGUAAUAUUUUAGAUUAGGUUUAGCUUUCACUUUUUAAACUUUACUUAAAUUUGUUCAGGGAAUUUCAACUUAUUUCUUACAUUUUCAAGCAAUUAACUUAACUUUUGAAAUUUGCAGCAGAACUGAAUUUUAAAGCUCUGUGAGUGUAUUAAAUGUGCAAUUUUAGAUACAUUGUGAGCUUUAAUAUGAAAGCUUGAGCGCAUAUUUAUUUAUUUUUUCCACUUAAUGAAUUCCAUACUUUUAUUUUGUAGUGAAAUGCUCGCAAAAUGCAUUAUCUAAGCCUUACUGAAACGUUUUCGAGAAAGAGUGAGGCGCAGCUUCCAAUUUUUAUAUGUAAAAAAAAAUAUUUUGGAUUUAAAACAGUUUCUUUAACAACAACCUACACAAUUAGGAGAGCUUUAAUCAUUCUGCCAGAUGUUGUAUAGAAAUUUCGCCAUUUUCAGAUGCAGUUACUCAAUUUUUUUAGUCCCUAUACAAACUUUCAUGGGAAAUGUAAGAUUAUAUGGAUUCUUAUAUGAUUUUCUCUGAACGUGUCUAGCUUGAAGCAUCUCUUCUGAAUGAAAAGCUUUGUAGAAAUAACUCACGCUUUCAUGUCUUCAAAUUAUGUUGAGCUAUUUUGAGGUUAUAUGAGAUAUUCUUCAAAGACAUGGCAUUAGAUAUAUGAGACCUUCUUUAAAGCUAUCAUUCAAAGAACAAUGAACGUAUUAAAUUCCAUGAAAAAUUUAAAUUUCAAACUAUUCAGAUGUAGUAUUUAAGCUUUUGUAAACACUUUUAAAGCUUUUGUUUAAAAUUUGCGAGCUUUUAAUAUAAUUUGUUUUUCAAAUUUCCCACUAUAAUAGCCGGAGUUUCGAGCUUGUUAAUUUUACAUAUACUUCCGCAAGUAGUAUAAAAGCUGUUCAAAGUUUUUCUAUAGCAACGAAACUUGAGCUUGAGCGGAACUAGUUUUUUAAACUUAUUACGAAAUUAUAGCUAUAACCUCUUUGAAUGCCUGAGGAUAGCUUUCGUAAAUACUCUUUACACUUUCACGCGGAAUUUGGCGGCUAUUGGCUUAAUAGUAAAAAUACUUUGACACAACUUUCAUUUUCUCAGUUGUACUGAAUGUUCUGUAGCGUGGAUAGUAGUAGUAGCAAAGAUAGAAUAGAUUGGUUUCAAACGAGAUACCGAUACUGUUACGAUAACGAAGCUUCAAGCUUUUUAAAUGCGUUAAGUUACUGUUCAAGCUUUCAUGUCAAAUUUGAGAGCUUUUGCUAUAAAGUUAUAUCUUUAAAAAUUUCAUUGAAUUUUUUCCUCAUUGAAAGUGCAAGCUUAUUAAAUGUGCUAAGUUACUGUUCAGGCUUUCAUUUAAAAUUUAGGAGCUUUUACUAUUAAGCUUGAACUUUAUGAAUUCGAUUUUUUCAUUACUGAAAGUUCAAGCUUUUAGUGUGUUAAGUUGGCUUUUAUAAAUACUGUUUACGCAUUCAUUUAAAAUCUGGAAGCUUUUACUCCUCAAAUGUUUGUUAGUAAAUUCUAAAGUCUUAUCAUUAUAAACUCAAAUAAAUUUGUUUCUUUGUUGAAACUCCUUUUUAAUUUUGUUAAGUUACAAUACUAUUUAAGCUUUCAUCUAAAAUUUGGGAGCUUUUAGUCCUAAAUUUUGUAUCAAUUAAUUCUAAUGAUUUUUUUUCUUGAACUAAGAUUUCUUGUAAAUGUUUAAUAUAUCUAAACAUAAAUGUUUAAUAUAUCUAACAUAAAAGCUUUCGUCCACUCAAAAAUUACUCUACAAAAUCAGUUCCUAUCGGAUGUAUGCUCACAAAGAUGUAUUUAUCGUUCAUUCUUAGUAGUAAAUGUUUAAUUUAAGUCAUUCACCCAAUAAAUAAUAUAAUUUGUCUAUAUACUCGUAUGUAUGUCCUACAUAUAUUUUAGACAAAAACUUAAAUGUUCCUUAAUAUUUAACAACAACAACAAUAAUAAUUACCCUCAUGUAUUUACUCUGUAUUGUAUUUAGCUUUUAAUGGAAAAUUUUUGCCAAAAAAGAAAAAGGAAAAAAGUUUGUAACUAUUUACUCAUCCGUAUGUAUUAUGUAAGUGUAUUUAAAUGAGCGGCGUACAACAAAAACAACCACUAUGUAUUGCAUAUGUAUUCAUAGGUAAAUAAUUUACUCGUAUUAAAUAUGUAAUUGUAAAUGUUGACAGGAAAACAAUAAUUUUUCGUAGUUUUUAAUCAAAUCCAUGUGCAGAGAAAAACUACAGAAAACAAAAAAAAAAAAAAAUUAAAAAAAAAUUAAGUAAAAAUUAUAAUUACCAAAACAGAUAUUUUAAAUAGAAAAAUAUGUAUUAUAUGGACAAGUACCGUUAUAUUCCAAAUGGAAGCAUUUUAAGUGAAGUUUUAAAUAAAUACAUAUAUACUCGUGCA